AUGACAGCGGAGCCGAUUUCCGAGGUCAUUCCCACUGCGCCCUGGGUCCUCAUUGCCGUGAUGGGCGUGACGGGUGCCGGGAAAAGCACAUUCAUCCAGACCGUAAGCCAGUCCACCGAUGUUGUCAUCGGACAUGGCCUGGAAUCAUGCACGAGCGAGAUUACUGGCCAUACCUUCCACUACAAAGGUUACAACAUCAACCUCAUCGAUACACCCGGCUUUAACGACACUCACAAGAGCGAGACGGAGGUCUUGAAGGACAUUGCGGAGUGGCUACAAGUCUCAUACGAGAAGGACCAACGACUCCACGGUGUGAUCUAUCUACACAGUGUGAACAAUGUCCGGAUGGAAGGCUCCGCCCUUCGUAACCUUCGAAUGUUCCAGCAACUGUGCGGCGAAGAGCCCCUGAAGAAUGUGAUUCUCGGCACCACCUUCUGGGGUAAGGUCGAUCAGAAGACGGGAGAAGAUCGAGAGGCGGAGCUUCAGGAGCGACCGGAGUUCUGGGGGAAGAUGCUUCAACGGGGUUCACACAUGAUGCGGUUGACCGAUCGGGUGUCUGCGCUCCAGAUGGUGGAUCACUUUUUGGGCCGUAAACCCGUUCCACUGGAAAUCCAACGAGAGAUGGUGGAGCAAGAUAAACGCUUGAUCGAGACGGCCGCAGGUAAAUCCGUCAAUGCAGAGCUUCAGCGGCUGGAAAAGCUCCAUAAGAAGGAACUGGCCCAGAUUCGCGACGACUACAAGGCCGCGCUGGAAGAAAAGGACCACGAGCUUCAACAGCUCCUGGCCCAGCAUCAGGAGAAGCAUGACCGGGAUCUGGAGCGCGUGUAUCGCCAACAGGAACAGUUGCGGGCGGAGCGUCGAGCCGAGGAUCGAAAGAGACAACAUGAGUUUGAGGUACACUUCAAACGGCUCGAGGAUCUCAGCCAGGGCCAGGGGCAAAGCAUAGAUUGGGAGAGGCAGUCUGCUGAGCUGCAGGAGAUGAGCUUCAACGAGCUGGUUGGGAAGAUUCGUGCGAAUGAGAUCAAGAUCACGGCGGAGGAUCGCGACCGGGUGGAAGAGGUCAUCGCACAAGUGCAGAAAAGGUCAGAACUCAAAAGCUCAUCCGGUCGGAAACGGAGAGGUACCGCCAAGUUUUUGUUAGCUGCGUUGAAAGUCAUUCUCCCGGUGGCGACCAUGGGCUUUCUUGGUGUACCCAUUCCAUUCCCGUUUGACUUUGGGUUGAGCGAUGACUGA